AUGUUGUCCAAAGAGUUGAAAGUGUUGUGCAAAGUUCUCCUGACGUUGUGUGUGUGCGCGAUCCUACAGAGCCACGGUGCACAUGGACAGAAGAAAAAAGAGACCCUCAUGUCGGACAAGGUGUCUCAGCUCAUGGAGUGGACGUCCAAGCGCUCGGUCAUCAGGAUGAAUGGAGAUAAGUUCCGACGCUUCGUCAAAGCUCCUCCUCGGAACUACUCUGUGGUCAUUAUGUUCACAGCUCUGCAACCACAGCGGCAGUGUGGGGUCUGCAGACAAGCUGAUGAAGAGUUCCAGAUCCUGGCAAACUCGUGGCGUUACUCUUCAGCUUUUACAAACAGAGUCUUCUUCGCUUCUGUGGAUUUUGAUGAAGGGUCUGAUGUUUUCCAAAUGCUCAACAUGAACUCCGCCCCCACGUUCUUGCACUUCCCGUCCAAAGGGAAGCCCCGGCGAGCAGACACCUACGAGCUGCAGGUGCGAGGGUUCGCGGCGGAGCAGUUGUCGCGCUGGGUGGCGGACAGGACGGACGUGCUGAUCCGUGUGAUCCGGCCUCCAAACUACGCCGGGCCUCUGCUGUUGGGUUUGCUCCUGACGGUGAUCGGAGGACUGGCGUAUCUGCGCAGAAAUAACCUGGAGUUCCUCUUCAACAAGAACGUGUGGGCCUUCUCUGCUCUGUGCUUUGUUCUGAUCAUGACGUCAGGACAGAUGUGGAACCACAUCAGGGGCCCGCCCUAUGCCCACAAGAACCCCAGCACCGGCCAGAUAAGUUAUAUCCACGGCAGCAGCCAGGCUCAGUUUGUGGCAGAAACUCACAUCGUGCUCCUCUUCAACGCAGCUGUGACUCUGGGGAUGGUCCUCCUGUGUGAGGCCGCCACGGCGCCCGUAACCAGCGACAAACGAAAGAUUAUGUGCGUGGCGGGGAUUGCCCUGGUCAUGGUGUUUUUCAGCUGGCUUCUGUCUAUAUUUCGAGCCAAGUACCAUGGAUAUCCAUACAGUUUUCUAAUGGGAUAG